AUGGACGGUAGUAAGGUCUGGGUCCGCCCGGUGGAGGGUAUGGGGCUUGGUAUGUUUGCCGCUGAGUUCAUCCCCAAGGGGACGGUAUUCCUUGAAGAUUCCCCGAUUAUCGAAAUCUCGACUGCAGGCUCCGAUGAAUAUCAAUACCGAGUAUACGACAUUUGCAAGGCGUACCACGCCUUGAGCCCGGACGCCAAAAAGGAGUACGACAGUCUUCACAGCGACCCGGUAAAGGAAAUCGAUAUAAACAUAAGACACAGAGAUGAUAUAAAUAACUGGUAUGGAAAUAACGUUGCCGGCGGCAGUACAGAUAUUAACUACAGGCUCAGGCACCAAGUCGUCGACAAGUUGGUUAGAGCCUGCGCAACAUUCUGGACGAACACAGCAGCGACAGACUUCAAAUCUUCAGCUGUCUUUCCUAACUUCAGCCGGAGCAAUCACAGCUGUGUUCCCAAUACCUCUUGGGGCUAUCGCAGGGGAUCGGGGCCCGGGAAUAACUUCAUUCAGAUGAAGGCGAGAAGGGACAUUCAGCCCGGCGAGCAGAUCUUCGUCGAGAUCACAGACGAAGGAAGUUGCAACAUUGGGGCUUUACAUGCGCCUGUCCUGCUUGCGGCAGCACCUAAACGGCGGACCGACAUCUCGUCAAACGGAUUCCCUCCUACGAUGCAGCAAACGGGACUCCAGGUCUGCCACGCUCCCUUCUAUCCAGUCAGGAGUGAGAACAGCCUGCUACGAGGAAAGCUUGGGAAGGAAGCUGUGUUUGGGAAGCACUGGGCGACGCUGGGCAAUGCCGCCAUGGUGAUGGCGGUAGAAAGGUAG